AUGCAAGAAAGACGAGAUGUUGAGUUGCGAGAGAAUGAGACGAGUGAGCAAUCGAAAUCAAACGAAAGAACGAGUGAUGUGAGUGAGAAUGAAGAAACUUGGGAACAGAAACGAACGAAAAGAGCUCUCGAUUUUCUUCGCGCCUUCAAUGAUGACGCUCAAACUUUCCCUGACACCAAUGAAGAGCUUGUAAUACAUUCCGCUGGUGCAGACGACAGAGAAAACGAUAAUCAUCUGCACUCGGACGGUGAUCACAACAAACAUUCCAAUAAAUCAGACCCGAAAGGGGACACCGGAUAUUCACGUUAUUUACCGAGAAGACGGUCAUACCUGUACGUAAUCGACGAAACCAGUGAGUCUACGAGCUCAGGAUCAGAAGAAGAGGUUCGUGGAUCAAACCAAACGGAGGACAGUUAUGAGGAAAGCUCCUUACAGAACGAAGCCACCAUACAAAAUAGAAGCAUUCCCCAACCGGUAGAGACGACCCUAUCUGACGAAAAGAGUCCUGAAAAAGUUAAUGAAAAUGAGGUUCUCAAAAAAGCCGACCAUGAUCAGGAAAGCUAUUGUCUUCAAUAUGGCGCUGAGGAAGGCAAAGAGAACGCACGCGAGAAAGCGGAAGGCGUGGAAAUACGAGAAAAGAAAAUAGAUGAAGCGGAUGAAGAAGAAGAUCCUGAAGUUGCCGCCGUAUUGGCUGCUGCUGCUGCUGCUCUGGCGCGAACGAGACGAUGGAGUCAAGAACUGCAAGAGCAGAUGGAACAGACGGAAUCUCAGAGAAAGUCAAGAUCAAGCCUAAUACAAGUUACUGAAGAGUUGGAUUUUGUCGAUGCAGAAGGUGAGGCUAAACCUUUGGAAACAGAUACGCAAGAGACAGAAGAUGCAAAAUUUGAAGACGCUGUUGAUGAUCUGGACACUGAACUAAAGUCGAGCAACUCAGUACCGCCCGUGAAACAGAGAGGCAACGAAAUCAAAGAAGAAAAAGAAGAAAUAAAGGAAAAAGAGGAAUUACAAGCAGAAAAGGAAGUCAAAGAAGAAAAAGAAGUAAAUGAUAAAGUAGAAGUUAAGGAAAAAGAAGAAAAAGAAGUAGAAGAAAAAGAAAUACAGAAAAAAGAAAUAAAAGAAAUAGUAAACGAAAAAGAAGAAUUGAAGGAAGACAUAAUAAAAGAAAAAGUAAAGGAUGAAAAAGAAGUAAAAGAUGAAAAAGUAGUAAAGGAAGUAAAAGAUGAAAAAGAAGUAGUAAAGGAAGAAAAAGAUGAAAAAGAAAUAGUAAAGGAAGAAAAAGAAUUAAAUGAAAACGAAUUAGUAAAGGAAAAAGAAGUAGAUGAAAACGAAUUAGUUAAGGAAGAAGUAAAAGAGGAAAAAGAAGAAGUAAAAGAGGAAGAAGAAGUAAAAGAGGAAAAAGAAGAAGAAGUAAAAGAGGAAAAAGAAGAAGUAGAAGACGAAAAAGAAACAGCUUGCAGGCCUUUGCAGGUGGUGGAAAAGAGAUACAAUGAUACCGAAGGAGAAGAAGAAGAUACUUGCAAGGCUUUACAGGUGGUGGAAAAGGGUGGUUUUGCUAAAUGCUAUGAAGUCAUUGAACAAGGAAAACCGAAAGACGUUUUUGCCUGCAAAAUUGUCCCGAAGGCAAUUUUUAAUCAAGAGUCACCAACCUUCUUUGAAGAUGACCAUUUUAUUUACAUUUUGUUAGAACUUUGCCGACGAAGGUCACUGAUGGAAAUGCACAAACGGCGAAGAGCCAUCACCGAGCCCGAGACUCAAUAUUUUGUCAAACAGGUGGUGGAAGCUUGCCAGUAUUUGCACAAUCGCAAAGUAAUCCACAGGGAUUUGAAACUUGGCAAUCUUUUCCUUGGGGAAGAUCUGGAUGUCAAAAUAGGAGACUUUGGUCUUGCAACCACUUUGGAUUUUGAAGGAGAGCGAAAAAGGACUCUCUGUGGUACACCUAAUUAUAUAGCACCCGAGGUGUUAUCUAAAAAAGGACACAGUUUUGAAGUGGAUGUUUGGUCUCUAGGUUGUAUUGUGUACACACUUUUAGUUGGUAAACCACCUUUUGAAACGAGUUCCUUGAAAGAAACUUAUUCUAAAAUCAAGAAGAAUGAAUAUGACAUUCCCAGUUACGUCAGCUGGAAAGCUCGAAGUUUAAUUCAAAAACUUUUGAAGUCUAAUCCAAAUGAACGGCCAUCAAUGGAUCAGAUCAUUAAACAUGAGUUCUUCUCUGGUCCAAUUCCAUCACGCCUACCUGCAAGUUGCUUAUCCAUCCGGCCUAGAAUUGACACUUUAUGUAAGCAGGAAGUGGAUGUGCGCAAACCUUUGGCCAAUGUAAAAUUGCAAGAUGGAGGCAUUAGAACUUGUGAAGAGAAGGAAAAUGUUGGGCUCAAGAAUGAACAGAUGAGAGCUUCAGAAAAUGCAGAAAGAACAGUCUUAAUGCAAAUCUCAUUUCUCUCUAUCUCUUUAUUUAUAUUUCUCUUUAUUUAUAUUUCUCUUUAUUUAUAUUUCUCUUUAUUUAUAUUUCUCUUUUUAUUAUAUUUAUAUCUCUCUUUAUUUAUAUCUCUCUUUAUUUAUAUUUCUUUUUUAUUUAUAUCUCUCUUUAUUUAUAUUUCUCUUUAUUUAUAUUUCUCUUUAUUUAUAUCUCUCUUUAUUUAUUCUCUCUUUAUUUAUAUCUCUCUUUAUUUAUAUCUCUCUUUAUUUAUAUCUCUCUUUAUUUAUAUCUCUCUUUCUUUUAUCUCUCUUUCUUUUAUAUCUCUUUUAUUUAUCUCUAUUUCUCUUUAUCUCUUUUCUUUUAUCUCUCUUUCUUUUAUCUCUCUUUCUUUAUCUCUUUCUUUUAUCUUUUUCUCUUUAUCUCUCUUUUCUCUUUCUCUUUAUCUCUUUUUUCUUUAUCUCUCUUUAUCUCUCUUUCUUUAUCUCUCUUUCUCUUUAUCUCUCUUUCUCUUUAUCUCUCUUUCUCUUUAUCUCUCUUUCUCUUUAUCUCUCUUUCUCUUUAUCUCUCUUUCUCUUUAUCUCUCUUUCUCUUUAUCUCUCUUUCUCUUUAUCUCUCUUUCUCUUUAUCUCUCUUUCUUUCUAUCUAUCUCUCUUUCUUUCUAUCUAUCUCUCUUUCUUUCUAUCUAUCUCUAA